GUCAGCCAGCUGCAGAGAGACACGCAGAGGGACUUUGACUCUCCUUUGUGAGCAACCUCCUCCACUCCUCUCUCAGAGAGCACUCUCGUACCUCCUUCUCAGCAACUCAACUCACAGGCACCAUGACAAGCACCAGAUCUAUCAGCUUCGGUGGCAGCAGUGGCUCCAUGAGGAAGUCUGGCUACUCCAGCCAGUCAGCCUACGCACUUCCCGCCGGCUCUAGCAGGGUCAGCACCGUGACCAGUGUCAGGAGAUCUGGCGUGGGUGCCAGUCCAGGCUUCGGUGCAGGAUUCGGUGCUGGAGGCAGCAACUACAGCUUCAGCAGCAGCAGCAUGAGUGGAGGCUACGGUGGUGGUUUUGGUGGAGGUCUCGGUGGUGGCUUCAUUCCACCUCACAUCACAGCUGUAACCGUCAACCAGAGCCUGUUAGCCCCCCUCAACCUAGAAAUUGACCCCACGAUUCAGGCUGUCCGCACUCAGGAGAAAGAGCAGAUCAAGACCCUCAACAACCGCUUUGCCUCCUUCAUUGACAAAGUGCGUUUCCUGGAACAGCAGAACAAGAUGCUGGAGACCAAAUGGAGUCUCCUCCAGGAACAGACGACCACCCGCUCCAACAUCGAUGCCAUGUUUGAGGCCUACAUUUCUAACCUGCGCAGACAGCUCGAUGGCCUGGGAAAUGAGAAGAUGAAGCUGGAAGGAGAGCUGAACAUGCAGGGCCUGGUUGAGGACUUCAAGAACAAGUGAGUUGUAAUUUUGAAAUUGAAUGAACUGAUGGGGGAAAAAAACACUGAAAACAGAAUAGAUUCUCACAUUUCCUUUCUCUUAACAGGUACAAAGAUGAGAUCAUCAAGCGUGCUUCAGUAGAGAAUGAGUUUGUUCUGCUCAAGAAGGU